UGCAUCGGUCGUCGUCGGCGCUGCGACUGCACGGCCCAUUUUAAUACAUCAUCGCAUCCAACUCGAGAGCUCGCGACCGCUGCUCAUCGUCUGACUGCUCGACGUUGUUGUUAUUGUUGUUGUUAUUAUAAUUAAUACUCGCGCCGUGCGUCAGUACUCUGUGUUAUACCCUUCGCCGCUCCGAACUUCGCGUGAGGUCAUCGGCAACACGGCUCUUCCGCGCCGCGCAUCUCCUAUCCAAACGUCAGUUUUCGAUAGGCACGCACCGAUUUACCGCCGUUACAUUUAUCGUCGUCUCAACGUCAACGCACUCUCUUACGUACUCGUAUCUUGUUCAUGAAUCGCCUACUAUUGACUCUGUGUGUGACUGAUUUUCUCAUUUUCAUCGCUGAGUGGGUUAUUUUUUCAUAGCCUUUGUAAACAGACUCGUUUACAUAUACACGAGUAUCGUAACAGGUGUGAUAUCUUACCUCGUUUACAUUCAUAAUCUACGAGAAGGGAUCUUGAAGAUUUCAUGUGCCAGCAGAUGUGUGACUAUUAAAUCCUUACUUCCAGUGCCAAUCGAGAAUUAACGAGGGUGUGUUAUAUGAGAAGGAACAAAAGACGUGCAUUAGCGGCCACUGCUGAAAAACGUCGUGCAUCGAAGCUAGGUCCGGCUCACGGUGCGGCCAAUUACCUCGACGUUCCAUGACUUCUACGCACGACGGCCCAAAAGCGACAGAAAAUGACAGUAUUAGAGGCACAGGAGGAAUCUGAUGAACAGUUGAAUCCACCAAGGAAAAAAAUUUGUUUAUCUUUGUCUGGACUCUCUGAAAAACGAAAUCAAGGAGGUAACAGAAAGUCUGAUACCCAGCCCGUUGGGCGGGCUAAUAGUGGCCAAAUAACACGGCAUUUUCAAUCGAAUACAGGAGGCAAAAUGUUGAAUGAGUUGCAUAGAUUAGGUAAUAACAAGAGAGAUACAAAUUGUGAUGUUUCAUCUUCUGAUGGUGGAUUGAAGAUAGCUACCCUCUGCAACUUAGGCAACACAUGCUUUCUUAAUAGUGUUCUAUAUACAUUACGAUGCACCCCUUCAUUUCUUCACAAUCUACACCAUCUAACGACAGAUCUGGCUGCUGUUACUGAAAAAGAAUUAUCAAUCAAGGUUAAAUCGUCAUCAUUAGGAAGAGCAAAUUCAUCAUCUAUAAGUAGCAAUAGUCGUAGUUGGAGCAAUAAAGAUCUUCCUUCAUUAGCAUCUGCAAAUGCAGUUUCAGAACUGAACAAGCCUAAAAUACAAUUGGUAACUGAAAAAUUACACGAAGUUUUUUCUUCUCUAAGAGAACAAGAAGCUAGAGAAAAUUAUGAUCCAUAUCAACCAGAUUCAUUUGUACAAGCCCUCAGAGAUGUUAAUACAACUUUUGAAGGUAACCAACAGCAAGAUGCUCACGAAUUGCUUGUUUGCGUACUUGACAACAUUCGCGAAACUUUUCAAUCUCUUGUUAAACAACGAGAAGCUUUAAAAUGGAAUGUUAAGACGAGUGCAGCUUUUGAAGCAGAAGCAGCCGCUGCUGCUGAAUUAAAACGUAAUGACAGUGGAAAACGUGGAUCAAGAGGAAAGAUUGUUGUUAAAAAAGGCAAAAAAGGUCAACAAACACGUUUAUCCGCUGCACAAACGACCCUCAGUUUAAAUGGAGGAAAAUUUACGCUUGAAAAACAAAGUUCCGAAAAUGGUGAUUCGCAAUUAGCAACAUCACCAACAACAUCGUCGCCGACAAAUUUAGAGGUAGAAAACCAAAAAUGUUUCAUAUCAGAGGACUUUGAAGGUGUCAGUCUUCUGCGAACAACUUGCCUGGAAUGUGAACAGGUGACAGAAAGAAAAGAGACUUUUUGCGACAUUUGUGUACCUGUUGAUUGCGAUCGUGGUGAUAAAGAUGAGAAUGGCAAACAAUUAGAUCCGAGUGCAAUUUACAAAAGAGCAGUAGUAACUAGUGAGCUAUUAGUUGACAAAAACAAAUACUGGUGCUGCGAAUGUUUGCGAUACAAUGAAGCUAGACGUGCUAUACAUUUUCCUACUCUACCAAGACUUUUAGUUCUUCAACUGAAAAGAUUUACUUCUGUUUCUGGUGCAAUGGAGAAAAUAAACAAUCACAUGCCAACGCCCCUAACACUCCAGUGCUUUUGCGAGGAUUGUCUGGCAGCAGCGGAUCAAGCAAAACUCGCAAAUACUUCGAUGACCAGCCAAAUGAGCUCAUCAUCAGCUACAUCGUCCGCUCAACAAAAUGCAUUACCGAAAAAGCGGCAUGUUUACAAUCUUUAUUCUGUUAUUAUGCAUCAAGGUGCGACGAUGACAGCGGGACAUUAUGUUGCCUACACUCGAUUACCUGGAGAAUCUGCUAAUACUGAGUACCUCGAGUGUGAACGCGACAAUGUUCAGCGUCAGCAGACUUCGCAGGAAAGUCUAACUAUUGGCUCACAAUCGAAUGGAUCGCAAACACCACAACAUGACACCAAAAUGCCUAUAACAUCGCUGUUAACAACUUGCUUUGGAAACAAAUCAAAUCUUCAUGAACCACAUCUUCGAAGCAGCAAACAACAACAGCAAAUGCAGCAGCAACAGCAGCAACAGUUGAAGAAAGAGGGCUGUCAAGGCAAUGAGUGCUGCGGCAUCAAACACAUGGCGCGUCAAGAGACCGGAACUUGGCUCGAAUGCGACGACGAAGCCGUUCGAGUCAUAUCGCUGCGGGAGUUUCAGGAAAAACUCGCGCCAACGCUACGUAAUUCAGCCACGCCUUAUUUACUUUUUUACGUUAAAACUGAGACUGGAACAUGAGGCUAGUAAAUUCACUACCAAUGCAUCAGACCCGAUUACUUUGUAAAUAAUAUCGACGACGAUGAUAAACCGAGCCAUAUGCUAAAAGGAUAAUAAUUUAUGGAAAAAAAGAUCGGCUCAACAACUCGAAAAACACAAUUUUGAUGAUGACUGACUAUACUUUUGACGUUGGCUUUGAUAUGAGAAACAAUUUGACUGAUGCGAAAUUUAUUCAAAGAAUUUCUCUGCUGAACACAUCGCCUUAGAUUCAUAUAAAGAAUAUACUUAUAAUCAUAUUCAGUAACACUUACACAUCACAGGCUGAUAAAUGUAUAGAUUUAAAUACGGGCUAUUUAGAAUAAAUAGUGAUUAAAUAAUUACAGGGCAUAUUCUAAAAUUUCAAGAGGAUAAAACAGUAUAUCGUAUACACGCUGUUCAAUGCAAUGUUUCACACUUAUACUCAUACACAUACACACAUUCCAUAACAUCGAUUCUUGUCGUCAUCACAAAAUACACAUUAUUAUAAAAAAUUCUAACCGUAGCAUUGACAUCUUGAAAGGAGGCUGUAGAAAAAUAUGCUUCACUGUUUCAUUCGUGAAACUGGAUAUUUUUUUAAAUCAGAGCCAAUUGUUACUCAAAUGUAAAAUGUUGACGAUUAUACGAAGGUAUCAAUGACUGCUCGAUCAUAGUCUUUAAACUUAAAAAAAAAAAAUCUCAUGUUGGUUUCUAACAGUUAGUAAAAAUGCAGUUAUUGUAAAAAGAUAUUUUUUCGAUUGGUGUAAGAUUUAAUCAUAUUGUUUUUUGGCGCGAAUUCGAAGGCAAUAACGUGUAAGAAGGUCUAGAAUAGAUAUAAUUUUCCUUAUUUUUAUAAAAAAAAAUUGUGUGAUAAAAUAUGGCGUUUUAAAGUUAUUUUUAUUGUCAGUUCACUUUUUAUCAAAGGUAAAACGAAUCUCGAUUCAAUACAAAACUCAUUUUAUCCUUUCCAAUUAAAAUUAAGUAUCUACAGAUCUAUUGAUAACUACUUUUUUAAAGAGUACCCGUUAAUCAUCUUAAUAAAUUAAAUCGAUCGACGGUGAUGAUACAAUGUUAAAAAUAAUUAAAUGAUAACUUAUAAAUAAUAUGAUUAUGCAUAGAUAUGUACCCGUGAGUGGGUAUAAAACUCAUACGAGAUAUACGGGAAAAAGACGAAAGAAAAACAACAAUAAUGGUGGUUAUCAUAUGAACGACGCGAAUAUGCGAUCUGUCACGUAUAAUCGAUGACGCUGUAAGCGAUCGAAACCCUAUAAUUACUUAUUGUGUAAGAACAAUUUUUCGGAUCAAAAUCCCUUCAAAGGCCUCAAUGUUUCGCAAAACAAACAAACAAAAAUUAGUGCUGCCUUGUGCAUCUCUUCAUGUAACAUGUUGUCUACUUCUUUAAUGUGAAUAAUUACAAUGGUUUUGAAUCGUCACCUAUAUUAGUUGAACAAAAUAUAAUUUUAUGCGAGUGAAAAGUGUACAGCUACGAUACUGCGUUUUUUCAUAUAAAAAAGACUGAUGUUCAGUCUGUGAAUUGUAAAGCCAUAUUUAUUAUUAUAAAUUAUUACGAUUAUUAUACAAUACAGUCUGUCAAAAAAGGGUA